UACUAUAAUUCUAAAUCUUGCUCAUUCUCCUCCUUUCUAUAUCCGUUUUUCGAUUUAGGGUACCAAAUCUCUGCGAUCAAAAUCUCCGAUUCGCCGCACAAUAAAUCUUGUUCCGAUCCUCAAAUCCUUCCUUCGAUUCAUCUCCACUGUUCGCGAAUCCGGCAGUGUUAUCCUCUCCCUCCUCCUUUUUUGUACUAUUGUUCUCGUCACCGAAUGAUAUUUUGUCUCGCGUGAUUUUUUCAGCUCGUGCAAUGUCAAACCUUCAUUCAUCUCUUAAUGGUUCAGCUUCAAAUUUGCCAGAUGGGUCAGGCAGAUCCUUUGCUGGUUCCUAUUCGGGACAAUCUGGUGCACCUUCUCCUGGUUUUCAUUCUGGAAACCUUCAGGGACUUCAUAACCUUCAUGGGAGUUAUAACCUUCAAGGUACACUCUCAUCAAGAAACUCCAGUAUGAAUAGUAUCCCAUCCCCCGGUGUACAACAACCUAAUGUGAGUUUUUCCACUGGAAGAUUUGCUUCUAGUAACCUAUCCGUUCCUCUCUCUCAGUUAUCUCAUAAUAGCUCACAUGGGCACUCGGGAAUCCCGAAUAGAGGAGGGAUUAAUGUUGGCAACCCUGGUUUUAGUAGUAACGCUAAUGGAGGCGCCGGUUCUAUUCCUGGGAUUCUCUCCACUUCUCCAGGACUUGGUAACCGGAAUAGUGUUCCGAUGGGGAUGUCCCAGCUGUUGGGAAACGCUGGUCCUCGGAUAACGACGAAUUCAAUGGGGAACAUGGUUGGUGGAGGUAACUUGAGGAAUAUCAGCUCUGGUGGAUUGUCUAUGCCUGGCCUUUCGACGUCACGACUAAAUUUGGGAGCUAAUAGCGGGUCAGGGUUAGGCGUUCAGGGCCAGAACCGCAUGAUGGGUGGACUUCCUCAAGGAUCACAGGUCAUGUCUAUGCUGGGGAAUUCCUACCAUACUGGCGGCGGCCAACUUUCGCAGAACCAUCUUCAGUCAGUUAACAAUAUGAUGCUCGGUGAUCACUCUAACGACAGUUCACUUUUUGACAUCAAUAAUGAUUUCCCCCAGCUGACAAGUCGUCCUGGUUCUGCUGGUGGCACUCAAGGACAACUCGGUUCUUUGAGGAAACAAGGUUUAGGAGUCCCGCUUGCCCAACAAAAUCAGGAGUUCCGCAUUCAAAAUGAGGACUUUCCAGCCCUACCUGGUUAUAAAGGUGGUAGUUCUGAUUAUCCAAUGGACAUGCAUCAGAAAGAACAACUCCAUGACAAUGCUAUGUCUAUGAUGCACUCUCAAAACUUUCCUAUGGCUAGAUCUGGUGGUUUCAACUUGGGGGAAUCAUAUUCAUCACACCGUCCACAACAACAGCCACAACAUACUUCAUCUACUGGUGGGCUACAAGGUCUUGGCUUGAGACCUCUAAACUCGCCCAACGCAGUUUCAAGCAACGGUUAUGACCAGCUUAUUCAGCAGUAUCAGCAGCAGAGACAGAACCAAUCCCAGUUCCCCGUGCAACAAAUGUCAUCCAUGAACCAAUUUAGAGACUCUGAGUUGAAAGCGGCACAAGCGGAGGCAGAUCCUUUCUGCUUGCUUGGCUUGCUGGAGGUACUAAACGGGAGCAACCCUGAGUUGACAUCUCUUGCUCUUGGCAUCGACUUAACGACGCUAGGGUUGGAUUUGAACUCAACUGGAAAACUUUACAAGACCUUUGCUUCCCCUUGGACCAAUGAACCGGCGAAGACCGAGGUCGAGUUCACAGUACCAAGUUGUUACUACGCCACACCACCUCCUCCGUUAACUCGAGCAAGUUUCAAAAAGUUCUCGUAUGAGUUAUUGUUCUACACAUUUUACAGUAUGCCAAAAGACGAAGCACAGCUAUACGCAGCAGAUGAACUUUAUGAAAGAGGUUGGUUUUACCACAAGGAACUGAGAUUAUGGUUCUUCAGAGUUGGGGAGCCUUUGGUAAGAACAGCUGCAUAUGAAAGAGGAACAUACGAGUGCCUCGAUCCAAACUCGUUCAAAACAGUCAGAAAGGAACAUUUUGUUGUCCAGUACGAGCACAUGGAAAAGAGACCAAGCUUGCUGCAGCAUUGACUUCAAGUAGGUUUGUUCAAUUAUUAGCACCUUUACAAUGUAAAGCUUUGUUCUCUUUUUUUCAUGCAAGCUCCUUCCAUUAUUUAGGAACCAAAACCAUCUUCACAAUUUUCAAUUUUCAAUUUUCAAUUUUCAACCGCAGAAGACUGCCAUAUAAGAUUAUAUUUUAAUUUUCUU